GACGGGGAUUAUUCGACGACGUUACAUGCGACCCACGAUACAAAUACACGUUCAUAUGUGAAUACAAACAAGCUCAAAAAUGUUCUAAUAUUACGUCUGCAAUCAUUGAAAAAAGGUGUUUUUCAAAGAGAAAACAGGUAACCACGAAAGAGAACACAAUGACGCUAUCUUUUUCACCAACUACAAAAGAAAUCGCUGACUGCUCCUGCUAUUCAUUCCACCAUAUUACAAAGGGUUGGGAAGAUAGCAAUAAGAUUUGUCAAGAUAAUGGCGGAAAUUUGGUAUCCAUGGAAACAGAAGAGGAAUACCAGUUUAUCAACAAGACGAUACAAAGUCUAGAUGUAGGAUAUAACGAGUGGUAUAUUGGUCUGAGGAGAAUAUCAACUAACUACUGGAGGUGGAUUAGUGGACAUGACAUGACCAUUAUUGAUAAAUGGCUGCCAGGCGAACCAGCUGGAAGUGGACAUUGUGUUAAAAUGAUAAAACACUAUAAGGGAUGGGGAUUAUUCGAUGACGUUACAUGCAACAAACAACACCGCUACAUGUUUAUAUGUGAAUACAAACAAGGAAACGACCCGUUUUCUGCAACCAACGUUGGGCGCAUAGCUACUUGA